AUGACGAGUACAUGUAGACCAACGGAUAUAGCUGAAGUUGCGGCAAAACAAAUCGACGAAAGUGUCAAACGAUUCAUGGAGCAAUACAGUUUGGAUAUCGACAAACUGGAACCUGAACUAAUUUUGGCUGGAGGUGACGUUGUGGAUAACGGUGUCAAUAAAGCUAUUGUUGACCAGUUUUCUAUGCAUAAAACUGAAAACAUCAUCGAUCCCAUUAGUCAUUGUGAAAUGUUAGUCAUUGUGAUUACAUUUGUUGUUGGCGUUUCCAACGUCCCUGUUUUCGUCGUUCAACAAGAUUCUUCGUCUUUUGUCCUUCCUUCAUCGACAACCACCUAUUCGUUUUGA